UCUACUAUUCUGACACCUGUUCUGGAGCAUGGACAUCUUCCUUUCCCAAAUGUGUUUGAUGCGAAUCACAUGCGACAUCCAUCCUUGUCGGAGAUCUCCAACCAUUCACAUGAAAUGACUGCAAGCGUUCCCGAUCUCUCCCCGUAUCAAGAAGAGGAAAGGACAAAUGACGCUCUCCCGUCUGAGGUCUCCAUAAUUGAGCCUAUCUUACGAGUACUUCAACUUCUAUGCGAAAAUCACAACAGCCUCCUGCAAAACUUUAUUAGGAAACAGUCUGAUCGGGCGAACCAUAACUUAGUAGCUGAAACACUAAGUUUUCUUGAUACAGUUUGUGGUUCUACGAAAGGAAGUCUAGGCGUAUUUGGUGAGAUUGGAGAACAUAACUUUAGCUUGAUUACCCAGACGCUGGCAACACUCACUGAAUUCUGCCAAGGACCAUGCCACGAGAAUCAGAAUACGAUGGCGAUGCAAGAAAAUGGCUUGAAUAUCAUCAUCUCAUUAGUGCUCAAUGAUAUCAAACCACUUGCUGAUGAUCACAUGGAGUUGGCAUUGGAGAUCAAGAGCCAGGCUUCAAAGCUGCUUCUAGCUAUAAUGGAGUCCCGGCACGAUAGCGAAAAUGCAGAGCGUGUUUUACAAAAUAUGGAUAAUACCGAUGGAGGUCCUCGUCAAUUGGUGCAUGCUAUUACUCAAGCCUAUGAGAUGGCUCACUCAAAACAGUAUGAGAUCAAUGUCAUGAAGAAAGAACUAUUGCAAGGUUCAAGUAUACAAGAUCGACCCAGAAGUAUCAUAAGCCCAUCAAUCAAAACGGAAGGAGGUCGUCAAGACCCUUAA